AUGAGUCUCAUCAACGUUGCUGCGAAGAUCUUCGCUAUGGUCCUACUCAGGCGAUUCCAGUCUGUGCGCGACUCAAGGACGAGGCCCAACCAAGCCGGAUUUCGUGCUGGACGUGGAUGCGCAGGCCACAUAUUCACACUGAGACGCAGUCUCGAAUUUCGCCAUAGCUACCAACAACCGACGGCCGUCUGCUCCAUUGACUUUGCCGCCACGUUCGAUUCCGUUCACCGUGAGUCUCUGUGGCGGAUAAUGGCGCUAGAUGGUGUACCGGCAAAAAUUAUCGUCAUGAUCAAGGCCAACUAUCGCUUCGCUACUGCGAGAGUUCUGGUCCACAACAAUCUUUCCCAACCGUUCGGUAUUCGGUCUGGCGUCCGACAGGGUUGUAUCCUGUCACCCAUACUGUUCAACUACUCUAUUGACUGGAUCCUCGGGAGGGCCCUACGUGAGAGUGACGGCAUAGAAUUUGCACCCGGACAUCGACUGACUGAUCUCGACUAUGCUGAUGAUUUCGCCUUAGUUGCUUCAAGUUUUGGUGAUCUGCAGUCUAUGGUGUCACGGGUGAACGAAGUCGCUAAAUCGGUCGGUUUGUCCAUAAACGCUGGGAAGACCAAAGUAUUAUCAAGCUGCAACCCUGACCAGGAGAAGGCAUCCCUCGGGAUUGAUGGCUGUCAACUUGAAGAAGUAGACAGUUUUAAAUAACUCGGGACGAGGCUGCUGCCUAAUGGACAGAGUAAGGACGAUAUCGUCUCCCGAAUCUAUGCUGCCCGCGGGUUUUUCUCAAACCUUCGGAAAUGCCUGUGGAACCGACGUGACCUCUCCAUCGCCAUUAAGAUUCGCGUGUACCGUGCACCUGUCCGGUCUGUCCUUCUCUAAGAUUGUGAAUGCUGGGCUUUGCGCGUGGAGGACGAGCAAAAACUGGAGGGAUUUGACCACCACUGCUUGAGGACCAUCCUUCGAGUGAAGUUCGCCGACUUCGUCUCAAAUGAGACAGUCCGCGCUCGCUGCGACGACAUCUCAAGGAUAACUCAGGCCAUCCAAGAAAGACGACUGAGGUGGUUCGGGCAUGUUCUUCGUCGUCCACCUCAGGAGUUCAGUGUUACUGCCCUCGAUCCGGCACCGUUGCCCCAUUGGAGGCGUCGAAGAGGGGGUCUGUUCAAAAUCUGGCUCGACACAGUUCGUCAAGACAUAGAGGUGGUUUUUGGACCUUCGGUAUUCGGUCCCCGUCGUUGGCGGAGAGAAUGGGUUGAGCUGUCCAGAUCUACUGCCGCGGAUCGUCACGCGUGGAGAGAUACAGUUCGGGACAUCAUCGAGGCCGGCUAG